AUGUCUGUGACACACUGCGCUUUAUCAGGGCAGCCUCUUAUUGACCCAGUGGUAUCAGUAAAAACAGGCCAUGUUUAUGAAAGAUCAGCAAUUACCAAAUAUAUCCAAAGCACAGGAAGGUGUCCAAUUACAAAUGUAGAGCUUUCAUUACCAGAUAUCAUAUCAUUACAAGCAAAUCCAUCAGCUAAGCCAAGGCCUUUAAGCCAAAACUCUAUUCCUGGACUAAUAGACGCUUUCAAAAACGAAUGAGAUGCCGUUGUUAUCGAAACCCACGAAUUAAAAAAGUACAUCGAUGUGCUGAGACAAGAACUUUCGCAUUCCCUAUACCAAUAUGAUGCUGCUUGCAGGGUAAUUGCACGAUUAGUUAAAGAAAAAGAUGAGCUCGUGCAUGCCCUUCAAGAGUUAAAUAAAGAAGAUAAAGAAUAA